CUGUCACUUCCGGCGUGAGUGUCGAUUGUUGUCACUUUGAUGCGAGAGGCGAAUUUUUUUUAUAUUUUUCCGGUCGUUAUCUGUCUCUCUUCCCUUUACCUUUUAUGAUAAGGUUUGGCAAUAAGUUGCCGUGAAAGCAGGUGCCGCUUUAGGCGAGAGGGUGGAACCGUCGGAAUGACGGGGAUCUGACUGUUUCCAGCGCUUGGAGGUGUGGAGGGUGAGAGUGGCUGACGGACUGGGUCCCUCUGAGGCGGAGGACUCCUGUUCCUUCUUCCUUCGCUACCACUCAGUUCGCCGACGGAGUGGGUUUCCACUUGACACCGGCCGCUCAGUACCUUUUCUGCCGGCGCGUGAAUCGAGUGUGACCGAGACAACUCAAAACCAUUUGCCUCGAUUGUGGAGGUAAUGCGUUCAGGAGGUGAUAUUGGCAAAUAAAUGCACAACAUUCUUUGAAACCAAUAAUAAACAAUGCCUCCAGUGCGUCAGUCAAGGAGUGGCAGUCCAGAUUCAUCACUUAGUCCAAAGAGAAAACGGCAUAGCAGCAGCAGUGAGAGCAGAACCCCAAGUCCUCCAGCAAAAUAUAACAGGCACCAUUUGGGACAUGGCAAAUCUCCAUCGGUUGACAAAAAGCUGAGAUCCAGAUCUAAGUCAAGAGAAAGGUCAAACUCUCACAAGCAUCAGAAUGGUGUACACCACAGUCAUUCUAGGUCAACAUCAAGAGAUCAAAUGUCACGUUCACACCAUGGGCAUUACAACAAGCUACAUAUGGAAUAUUAUGGAAAGGAGCAAGAAGACUUACUCCGACAGAGACACAAUGCUUUUAUUGCCAGGCGGUUAAAGGAAAGAGAGCGAAUUGGAGAACUUGGAGCACCUGAAGUAUGGGGGCUCUCUCCAAAGGUCCCAGAACCAGAUUCUGAUGAACAUACUCCAGUUGAGGGAGAGCAGGCCAAGAGCAGCAGUUCUGAUUCCAGUGCAGAAGAGGGGAAAAGGAGGAAAAAGAAAAAAAAGAAGAAUAAAAAGAAGAAAUCAAAGAAGAGAAAGCAUAAGCAUUCAGAAGAAAGUGAAUCAGACUCUAACAGUGAAAAUGAAAGUGAUCAAGACAAGAAGAAAAAGAAGAAAAAGAAAUCCCACAAAAAGAAGAAGCCAAAGAAACUGAAAAAGAACAAAAAGAAGACAUCCGAAUCUAGCAGUGGAGAGUCUGAAGAAGAAAAUGCAAAUAAUGAAGCUGUCUGGGUAGAAAAAACAAGUGCACACAAUAGAGUGGUUCUGGUCGGGCCCGAAGCUCCCAUGCAACAGUCUGCACAAGAUGAUGACAAACCUUUGAAUUACGGUCAUGCUCUGCUUCCCGGUGAAGGUGCUGCCAUGGCUGAGUACGUGAAAGCUGGGAAGCGUAUUCCAAGAAGAGGUGAAAUUGGUCUGACAAGUGAGCAGAUUGCUGCCUUUGAACAGUCUGGUUAUGUCAUGAGUGGCAGCAGACAUCGGCGUAUGGAGGCUGUGCGUUUACGGAAAGAGAACCAGAUUUACAGUGCAGAUGAGAAGAGAGCUUUGGCUUCAUUUAACAAGGAGGAACGUCUGAAGAGGGAAAACAAGAUUCUGUCUGGCUUCAGGGAAAUGGUUCACAGAAAAACCAAAGGAAAGGAAGAAAAAUAGAGACUCUUUUAAACUCUUUGGUAAUGUGUUUAAAACCAGAAAUUGGUUAAAUGCACAGCAGGUCAAUUGAAUAAGAGGCAACUGUUUCAGAUGUGUGAUUGAGAUAUUAAUAUAUAUUUGCUUUUAGAAGCUAAAUGACUUGCUAUGUGUUUCUACCCAAUUUAUUUCCAUUUUCAGAAUUUUAUAAUUUUUCUUUUUAAAAUUUUGGUGUAUAAUUGAGCCAUGGAUGUUAUAAAUUCAUUCUGUCUUUGUUAUAUUAGUUGGUUUAAAAUUUAAUGUUCACUUUGAGUACUUAACAGAUUUCUACAUUUUUAUAAAAUAACUUCAGUGAAUUACAAACUUGCUGAAAAUUAUGAUAAAAUUAUUAAUACGUUGUUUGACAGAUUAUCUUUCGUUUGUAUUACAUUCAAAUCAAUUAGUCCAAGGAAAGAAGAAUCUGACCAUAGAUUGUACAAGGGACAAAGUUAAACUUGUGACCAUGUCACAAAAAUAGAUAAUCUGAAGAUUUGAAGAUUCACAUUGCUUUGCUAUGGCCCAGAAGGUUAAACUUAUGAUGUUAGGUGGUUAUUGACAUUUGGAAAAUACAAGAGAAUUCCUCAGUGUUUCCCCUCUAAAUUAUCUAAAUCUCUGCUAACAUUUAUUUGUGGCUUCCCAAACUUUGCAAAGUCUGGGCAGAAGGCUCAAUGAAGCAAUCAGCUUUCUCUAUAAUUAAUCCACUGACACUGACAGCAACUUUGACAGUCUGCAUAUACGCAGCAUUCCUGUUGGUGUGUCUGCAGUUCUCUAAGAGGGUGUAUUGUCAAAUUGUUCCCUAAAGUGCAAUCCAUAAAUUAAUACAGUGGAUUGAUGAAAAUCCAAAUAUUUACAUUGUUGGUCUUGUUGCAAAAAGCCCUGAAUAUAUUUGUUGAAUAAGUUGUUACUGGGCUUUGAACAAUGUACCAAUUUCAUUGUUAAUGUUGAACACCACAACUGGCCCUGAAAAAACUAAUUUUAUAUUUGAGUGGCAAAUUUCUCCACUAUUAUAACAUUUCAUACUUUUAAAACAUCUUAAGAUUUGUUUGGCUUAUACUUAAUCCAGAGUUAAAUCAAUCACUUAUAUGAUUAUUAAAAAAUAAAGUGUGUUUAACUUCCCAA